GACCACAUCAGGCGACACUGUGGAGCUGGUGGAGGAAUCUCUGGAUGUCAACCUGUUGAACAACUCUGUACGCCUUCGCAUUCAGGGCUGCCCGUUUCUACCGGGUGGCGUUCACAUCUGUGAGGUGCAAAGUCACUUGGUCGUCAUGCUGAUCACCAGGCAGACGGUGCAUCGUCUCCUCCUGCCGCAUCCUGCCCGCGUCUAUCGCAGCGAGCUGAUAACCGAGAGCCAGAUGCAGUCCGUGUUUACAGAUAUCGGCAAAAUCAACUUCAGAGAUCCUUCAAAUUACUGCCUGAUUCCCAGCGUGCCAGGCCUGGCCUCCAAUUCCGUUGCCUCGGCGGCAUGGCUCAGCAGCGAGGGGGAGGCUCUCUUCGCUCUGCCCUCUGCUCUGGGAGGGAUCUUCGUCCUUAAGCUGCCUCCUCACGACGCGCCUGGAACAAUUUCGGUUGUGGAAUUGAAACAGAGCUCAGUGGUGCAGCGUUUCCUCACCGGUUGGAUGCCAACUGCCAUCAGAGGUGACUGCGGCCCGUCGGACCUGCCCGUCAGCCUCUCCGUUCACUGCGUGGAUCACGAUGCCUUUCUCUUUGCCCUCUGCCAGGACCACAAACUUCGGAUGUGGUCCUAUAAGGACCAAAUGUGCCUGAUGGUUGCGGAUCUGCUGGAGUUCAUGCCGGUCAGCAAGGACCUGCGGCUCGCGGCCGGGACCGGGCACCGACUGCGACUGGCCUUCUCACAGUCCCUGGGGCUGUACCUUGGCGUGUACAUGCACGCGCCCAAGCGGGGGCAGUUCUGUGUCUUCCAGCUGGUGAGCACCGAGAGCAACCGCUACAGCCUUGACCACAUCUCCUCGCUCUUCUCCUCGCAGGAGACUCUCGUUGACUUUGCCUUAACCUCGGCUGAGAUCUGGGCGCUGUGGCACAACGAAGAGAACCAGACCGUCGUGAAGUACAUCAACUUCGAGCAAAAUGUCGCGGGCCAGUGGAACCAGGUCUUUGUGCAGCCGCUGCCUGAAGAGGAAGUGACGGUUCGGCACGAUCAGGACCCCAGGGAAACCUACCUGGAGUAUCUCUUCACGCCCGGCCGGUUCACAAACGCAGCCAUCCAGAAGGCGCUGCAGAUCUUUUCUCAAGGAACUGAGACACACAUGGAUCUGACAUGGGAUGAGUUAAAAAAAGAAGUUACAUUAGCUGUGGAAAGUGAGUUCCAGGGCAGUGUGACAGAAUAUGAGUGCUCGCUGGAGGAGUUUUGGCAGCUGCAGGUGGAGUUCUGGUCCAAGUUCUACGCCUGCUGCCUCCAGUACCAGGAAGCGCUUUCCCGGCCACUGGCCCUGCACCUGAACCCCUACACGGGCAUGGUGUGCCUGCUCAAGAAGGGCUCGCUGUCGUUCUUCGUGCCGUGCUCCUUGGUGGACCAUCUCUAUCUGCUCUCUAACGAGCACCUCCUGACGGAGGAUGACGCUGCCAUCUUUGACGAUUUGGAGAUGUCUCGUGAUGUUGUCUGUCUUGUCCAGUGCCUUCGACUGAUCGGAGAAUCAAUUUCCAUGGAAAUGGCAUUCCUCAUGGAAAUGGCUUGCUCCCGCCUCCAGCCUCCAGAAAAGGCUGCAGAGCAGAUCCUGGAGGACUUGAUAGCUAAUGACAC